ACAUUGUAUGUGUAUAUUCUAAAACAGAAACUAUACUUAUACAAAUUUUUAAAAAUUCUAAAGAACUCACGAAAAUGUCGCAAUUUUGGGAACGGUAUGUGAAGCCUGCAUUUAGCCAGGCCAAAAGCAAUCUGCUGCAACUCGGCAGCCAACCUCGCGGUGCAUUGCUCUGGAAGCGUGUCACCUUUCUGGUGGCCACGCCAGCCAUUGGGCUCUGCAUGAUCAAUGCCUACAGCGGUGCACGUGCACCGAAGCCGCUGCCGCCGUUUGUCAAGUACGAGCAUCUGCGGCGUCGCAAUAAACGUUUUCCCUGGGGCGAUGGGGAGCGCAGCCUGUUCCAUAAUCCUCAUGUCAAUGCAUUACCCGACGGCUAUGAAGCUUAAGAAGCUACAAAUAGAGAUCGGGAACGGCAAGCUAGAGGUAGCGGAAGCCUGAAGGGAACCCGCUUUGAAAAUUCUAUAUUUCUACAUUUUGUGUUGAUUGAUUGUACUAUUGGGCAGUUCGUUAAGGACCGUUUCGUUCAUGUGAAGAUCGUUCAAGGAACCAACAGAAGUAGCUGUCCUCCCCCAAUCCCCAGCACUUGCAGUAGCGCCAGUACCCCAAACCAUAAAUAGUAGCAUUGUAAAGCAAAUAAAAACCGUACCGUACCCGCACAGACACAAACCAA